AUGGUAGCAACUCGCAGAAUUCCACCGCCCCCUCUCCAACUUGAAGAUGAUAAUACUAGAUAUGGACGCCAACUUCUACAGUCCCGGGUAGUGGAAAAGGACUCGUUCUUUGCACAGGUGUAUGAGACGGACUGGAGAAAGCUCAUAGUUAUAGGUGUGGUUCCUUCCUUUCUCGUAAUGGACUCCCGUCUGAGGUUUAUCUCAGUGGCUUCCAUCAAUUUGAUCCGAUACUUUUUCUCAGCUUUGUUGAUUGCAUUCUCAUUCAACGAGCUGGAACAAGUUGACAACGCGCUUCAUUCAAGAAAACGCACUGCCAUUUUCGCUACAGUAGGAUUGAUGUAUGUCAGUACAGGCCUGGUGGAGAUAUUUGGUAUCGUCAGCACGGUGAUGCGCCGACUACGUCUCAUUCGGAUAUAUGUCCACCUGGCAUUUGGAUCUGCAUUGGCUGUUACGAUCACAGGUGUACUAGUUGCAUUUGCUUACUUUGAGUUUGCUGAGGAUGUCGUCAAUCAGUGUGUCUCCAUUGCAAACAAGGGAAAGAUCGUCGUCAAGUUGCUCUACCAGAGGAACGCCGACACGCUUGUUAACCCAGCAUUCAGUCCUGAAGAUGCUCAAAGGCAAUGUUUCAACGCCUGGUCUUCGGAAUCCUCGUCCCAGAUCCUAUAUGUGUUCACGUUCUAUUUCCUCCCGUCGGCAUUCACCUCCCUUCUUGUGUACACCUACUACCGACAGUGUACAGACCCGUAUCAUCCGGCCACUAUGUGUUCACAAAUGGCAGCCGAGAGUGGUGGACACCCUUAUACUAGAGUCCCUGCCCCAGAUGGAUAUGUUUCCCCAUAUUUCAGUCCGCUUUAUCUGAACGUGGUCGUAUCACAACAGCGCAGUAGUGGCGCAAAUUCCGGGAACAGCCGGGCAGCGGCAGACUCACGUUCAAGUCCUGGUUUCUCCAACAGACGUCGCAGUGCGCUUGCAACGAACUCCACAUCUGGAAGACGCUCCGCGCGUAGGGCGAGGGUUAACUGGUUCUCUAAGCCUCGAAACUACAGCAAGGUGUCUUUGAAUUCGUCGACGUUGUCAGCAUCUGGUCUGUCACCUGGACCGCCGAGCUUCAAUGGUGGUCAUUUGGGUUAUGCUUAUGAAAUGCCUUACGGUCAACCUCUCAACAGUACCAAAUCGGAGGGCAAAUACGCUUGA